AUGGAGAAUAAUUACUCAUAUUCUUCAUAUCCAGACUCCAACACCUCCACUCCUCGCUCCCGGGAAGUCGAUUGCGAAACGGCCUCAUACGACGAACAGCUCGCCAACAACAACAACCCUAACCCUAACCCUAACAAUAAUGCUUCCAAUUACAAGGUCAAGCUUAUGUGCAGUUAUGGAGGUAAGAUACUGCCACGGCCACAUGAUAAUCAACUCACUUAUAUCGGCGGAGAUACCAAAAUCCUCACCGUGGAUCGUAACAUUAGGUACGCUUUGAUUUUACAAAAACUUGGUUCGCUUUCCGAUUCGACCGAUAUCUGUUUUAAGUACCAAUUGCCUGGGGAAGAUCUUGAUGCGUUGAUCUCGGUUACGAACGAUGAGGAUUUGGAACAUAUGAUGACCGAAUACGAUAGGAUAUUCCGAUCUUCUGUUAAGCCGGUGAGGCUUCGGUUGUUUUUAUUUCCUUUAUCUCCGUCGAGUUACGGUAGCGGUGGCGAAAGUAAGACGGAGCAGCAGUGGUUUGUCGAUGCGUUGAACGCCGUGCAGAUCUCGUCUGCGCAGGCUUCAUCGCCGGCAUCGGAAAAUCCUGAUUUUCUGUUUGGAUUCGAUAAAGGGAAUGCGCCGGUACAGGCUCCGUCAAAGGUGCAGGAUGUCGCGGCCGUUGUCGUGCCACAGGCGAACGUUUCAGAAGGCGCUCGUCCGGAAUCGGAGUGCGGUUCCGAGGAUAGUAAUAGCAACCGUCUCGUGAUCUCCGAUCCGGUUGUGUCACCGACGGUAGAAAUCCAGAGACAGAUUCAGGAAUCUCAAAGGAUGCAGAUUGCAGCUAGUCACGAACAAGCUAUGAAUAUCGACCCCAGGGCUUAUUACGGAGACUAUUACACUCAGAAAAUUCAACCGGCGCCGGCGACAGGUCAACCGCGGUACUGGCAAGAACAACGACAUAUGACAACAGGUGGUUACACUAUGUCGGUGGCGGGAACCGACUCUCCAGUUUACCUAAUUCCAUCGUCGAAUGGUGUUUAUUCGUCUCAAGCUCCAUCUCCGGCACCGGCGGCGCCUGCGAGUCAGACACUCCGACCGGCAACAGUUCAGGUGAAUCAAGGUCAGGCGUACUAUGGGAUGCAGAGGAUGGUUAAUCAACCUGAAUUCUACCGGGAACAGCCGAUGUACAGCACAAUGACACAGACUCCAGUUCAACAACAAAAGAUCGGAACAUAUCAAGAAGCAAUCGGAAUGGUGAGACCACAGGCUGAGAUGGGGUAUGGUCAGGUUGGUAUUGACGCCACCGGCCGGCAGGUUUAUUAUACAACAUCGCAGGGAGGAAUGCCCACCUCCUACCAACCGGUGGUUGCCGGCCCUGGUUUGGCCGUUAAUCAAGAGGGUAAGAUGGUUGUGAACCCUAAUAAGGCUCCCUAG